AAAAUCAAAAUGCGGGUGCAGUGUGUUGCACCAGGACUGUGUGUUGCAUAUUCAUAUGAUUAUAUCAUAUAUGUUGAUAGUCAUUUCACAGGAGAUAGUCAUUUGACAUUUACGGCAUUGAGAUUUUAUACAGGUAGUGAACUUCAGUAGAGGCUGACCAAAAUGACGACUGUGCUGGGCCUUGGGCCUGGCCUGUUCACACUCGUCCUUCUCUGGUCGCUGGUCAUCCUCGUCUGCCUGGUGUUCAUGCGCGCACGCCGCACGCUCGCGCUGUCAUCCGUGGCGGCAGCGGCUAUCUUCACGUUUCUCCUGAGUCGGAUGCCCAUUAAGGCGGCAGACCACGUGGAUACCGAUGAUGGACGGAUUGUCGAUCCGCUCUACGUGUGGCGGCUGGUGCUGGUCGUACUACUGUUUCUGGCCGCUGCCGGUGGGGGCGCUGCCGUCCUGCUCCUCCAUUUCAACGAGCGUGUGCUGGCCAAGCCGCUCCUUCGGUUCGCCCCCACGUGACGGCCGCCCCUGCCGGUUUGACCUCCGCUGCUUCCGGACGGAUGUGUUCCAAGGUCUGCUUUCCAGAGCCCGGUGCUUGCAGCCGGUGUGCUGGAGCAGCUGAGUGGCGUACAGUGGAAAGACUACCGAGUACCGAAGCCUGCCGAUUUUUGUGUGACUUCGCUGGGGCAUGAACCUUGUAACUGAAACUUGUUUCAAGGCUGAAACAGACCCUUUCCGCGUCCAGGAAAUCGCAUGCGAGAGCCUAUUCAAAUACAUUGUAAUUCUUCUCGCAUCAAUCGCUUGCGGGGGGUGCGUGCGAUUGACGCGGGCGUGCUUCCAUGUAUUUGAAUAGGCUCUCGCAUGCGAUUUCCUGACUGCGGAAAGAGUCUGUUUCAGGCUUCAGUGAGACGCCUUGGAUCUGUUGUGGGAAUCCGGAACAGCCCGGUCUCUCUGGGUCACGAAGACUGCCUCUACCAUCGUCGAUAUCAGUAAGCUGACUAGUCCGUCCAUUGCAAAUGAGUGAUAGUUCAAUUCGCGAGAUGUGUACUGAUGCAGUGAGUAUUGACUGGUCAUGCUGGUGUCGAUUUUCGUGAUACAUUUCUAGUCACUUCAA